UCGAUAUGAGCGCCAGUGACUGCGCGCCGCCCGUGGAGCGCCUCACCCCCGGACGCUGCUCGGCUGCCCGCGGGCUCUCUGGCCGUGCUCGUGCUUGUUGUCGGGGGCGGAAGCCCGCGGCCGCCGCCGCAGCGCCGCGCCCGGCCCGGGGCUCGGAGGACGCUCUUAUGUAACCGCGCAUCGAUGCAGCCGCGACCCUGAACGAGCCGUCGAGUCUCGGAUGUCCGCAGCCCAGCCUGGAGCGCUGAUGGAGCCGUCCCUGGCGCUGGGCCGGCUCGAGCUCAGCCCCGGCCCCGGGACCGGGACCGGGCCCGCCGCCCCGCGGCUCCCUGCCGGGCCGCGGGCCCCGCCGGGCACGGGCCCGCCGCACCUGAACGGCUGCGUCCCGCUGUCCCACCAGGUGGCUGGACACAAGUACGGAGUGGACAAAGUGGGUAUCCUGCAGCAUCCAGAUGGGACGGUCCUGAAGCAGCUCCAGCCUCCACCCAGAGGACCACGAGAGAGGGACUUCUACAGCACGGUGUAUGCGGAGGACUGCCGGGACCCCUGCCUCCUGGACCUCCAGAACCAUCUGCCCAGGUACUUCGGCACCUGGUCGUCUCCGGACAGCCCCGCCGAGCUGUACCUGAAGCUGGAGGACGUGACGCGGCGCUUCGCCAAGCCGUGCAUCAUGGACGUGAAGCUGGGCCGGCGCAGCUACGACCCCUUCGCCUCGCAGGAGAAGCGGGAGCAGCAGAUCCGGAAGUACCCCCACAUGGAGGAGGUCGGCUUCCUGCUGCUGGGCAUGAGGGUGUACCAGGUGGACAGAGACGCGUUCGACUCGUACGACCAGCACUAUGGACGAGGCCUGGUGAAGGACACGGUGAAGGACGGCCUGGCCCGGUUCUUCCAUAACGGCGUCAGUCUGAGGAAGGACGCCGUGGCGUCCAGCAUCUGCCGAGUGCGGCGGAUCCUGCAGUGGUUCGAGUCCCAGCAGCAGCUGGUGUUCUACGCCAGCUCCCUGCUGUUCGUGUACGAGGGCCUGCCCUGCUGCUCGUCCUCGCCGUCCCUGUCCUCGCCGCUCAGCAGCUCCUCCGUCAGCUCCGGCGACGACGGCGGCGGCAGGGCCGGGCCGGAGGCGCCCGCCGAGCCUGAGGUGGCCGAGUACAACAACAACAACAUCCGGGCGGCGCCGCCCUGGGACUACGGCCCGCCCACCAUCAACACCAACCACAGGAAGGACUGCGCCAAGAGCCGUCUCCACGGCAACGGCGGCGCCGCCCCCACGGAGGAGACGGCCCAGGACUCGGCUCUGUGCCAGGAAGACAACUCGGCCUGGAAGAGGAGCGGAGAGCUGCGGCGGGCGCCCAACGGCAACGGGGGGGUGGAGGGCGAGGGCGAGGGGCGGAGCAAGAGCAGCGAGGGGGAGGAGCUCCAGGGGGAGCAGGUGAAACGGAGAGCCGGCGACGCCGCCGAAGACGCCGAGGUUGAAGUCCGGAUGAUCGACUUCGCCCACGUCUUCCCCAGCCAGAGCCACGACCACGGCUACAUCUACGGACUCAAGCACCUGCUGACGGUGCUGGAACACAUCCUGUGUGACGCCGCGUAGGCCCCGCCCCCUCCGCUCUGGCCCCGCCCCCACACGCACUGACCCCUCCUCUCAGGAGCGACAGGAAGAGGCUGGAAACAGAACCAUCAUCUUCAUCAUCAUCUCGUGUGUGUGUGUGUGUGUGUGUGUGUGUGUGUGUGUGUGUGUGUGUGUGUGUGUGUGUGUGUGUGUGUGUGUGUGUGUGUGUGUGUGUGUGUGUGUGUGUGUGUGUGUGUGUGUGUGUGUGUGUGUGUGUGUGUGUGUGUGUGUGUGUGUGUGUGUGUGUGUGUGUGUGUGUGUGUGUGUGUUGCAUUACAUGCACUAAUCAGUCCAUGAAGGCAUUUUAACCCUGUACUUCUCGGCUCCGCCUCCAGCUGACUCCUCCCUCUCAGAUCGGGUGGAGGCGGGUGAGCCGAGCUCCACCCUGGGGUCAGGGGUCAGGUGUUCAUUCCUCCAUCUGCAGAACUGCAUGUUCUGGAGAGCGCUGCCCUCUAGAGGCUGCUCUCGGCGCUGCGGCUCCUCGGCUUCAUGUCGGAACCCCCGGUAGCUUUCAUGCUAGCAUUAGCGUCAGAGCGAACAUGCUGGCAGCUGCAGCAGUGCGGCGCUUCGGGUGGAGGCGGAGCUCGGCGCGGUGGAGGAGUGGGCUGUGAGCGCAGGCGUUCAGCAGGGUCGGGGAACCCACUGCUCCAGGUAUCUAACUCAGGUAUUUCCAGUCACAGACCUUCUCGUCCGCCGUGGGGAAGUGGGCAUUGCUCUCAUCUCGUGGUCCGGUCCGUGGACCGCUCGUCCUCGUCCUCGUCGUGCGUCCAGCUCGUCCUCUGUCUUCUGGUUGGAGGAACACUUGGUUCUGCCGGUGUUCUCCUGUUUUUAACCUUUUUAGAUUGUGGUUGCUGGUGUGCGCUGGACUCCAACCGUGACUUAUUCCCUCGUUUUAACUUAUUCUGUCGUUAAAAAAAAGAAAAGAAAAAUCUGGGUAAGAAUUGGAAACUCAGCCAUACGGUCGUGGAUCCUGCAGAGAGGGUUGUGUGUGUGUGUGUGUGUGUGUGUGUGUGUGUGUGUGUGUGUGGGGGGGGGGGGGGUCCUGGUGGAGCGGUGGAGCCAUGCUCAGAUUGUAUUGAAGACGUGCUGCUUUAACGGGUCGAGACAGACUCGGAAUCCACCGGAGGCUCAGAAAGAAAGACGGACUGAAGGGUUCCUCUGCCCAGAAACUUCUGGAAACUUCUCCAUGUCGGGUGAAGCCAUUGUUUUAAUCCAGCCCAGGUGGGUGGAGUUGGUGGAGUUUUUGGUCGGAGGUCAUUAAGAGAUCACACCGGGUCUAAGUCCUGCCUGUGGCAUCUAGACCACUUCCAGUGGAUCCUGGUCUUCUUGGACCGGGUAUCCAGGACCAAAGGGCUGAAGUCUCCACUGUAAACAGAUGGUGUUGUCCUGUUAGCACCGUCAGGAGGACCUCCACCUUCGCAGUAACGGUUCAGGUAGCUCGGGUCUUCAGACUGACGGAGGAGGAUCUGGGGAUCCUCCACAUCUCCACCGUCACCUGUUCUCAACAGCUGUAGAUCAAGACUGGAAGGAGGCGGAGGCUGAAUGAGGCUGCAGGGUGGAGGUCCUCUGCAGGGUGGAGGUCCUCUGCAGGGUGGAGGUCCUCUGCAGGGUGGAGGUCCUCUGCAGGGUGGAGGUCCUCACUCUCCACAGAGAACAUCAGGAACCGAGGAACUUGGCGGAACUGAGAGAGCGGGUGGUGGACCUACUGUGGAGGUUCUGCCUCCGAGGCCGGUCCACGACCCGUUCCUUUCAGUCUACCGACGGUCCUCAGUGAUGGAUCUUUGUUCGACCCCCCCCCCCCCACCCCCCACCCACCUGGUAGCCUAUCCCUCACACUCUGUUCCUCAUGUCAGGCUAGGUUCUCCACCUCCCCUCCCGGGUGUGGUCUCUCCCGGGUGUGGGUCUCUCCCGGGUGUAGUCUGUCUCCCGGGUGUAGGUCUCUCCCGGGUGUAGUCUGUCUCCCGGGUGUAGGUCUCUCCCGGGUGUAGUCUGUCUCCCGGGUGUAGGUCUCUCCCGGGUGUAGUCUGUCUCCCGGGUGUAGGUCUCUCCCGGGUGUAGUCUGUCUCCCAGGUGUGGGUCUCUCCCGGGUGUAGUCUGUCUCAAGGGUGUAGGUGUCUCCCGGGUGUAGUCUGUCUCCCGGGUGUAGUCUGUCUCCCGGGUGUAGUCUGUCUCCCGGGUGUAGUCUCUUGGUGUUGUGGCAGUGUGUGUGUGACAGUCGGAGAGCUGUGGGCUGUUUAAAGCUGUGAAGUUUCGGGGCUUCCUCCUCCCUAGCGCAGUUAGCUUAGCGCAGUUAGCUUAGCGCUGUUAGCCUAGCGCUGUUAGCUUAGCGCCAGCCCGUCGGUCCAUCUGCCCUCCUGAACCUGACGACCCAGUGAAAUGCACAAACCUCCUCACUUUAUGUAACAUAUGAAUAUAGUGGACAGUAUGGAAAUCAGAUCUUUUGUACAUUUACUUGAUUCCGUGUGUUUCGGUUUUAAUCUGAACCAGACGACGAAGAUUAGAAGAUAAUAUUUUCUCUAAGGAGCUAGUCAAAGAUAACCUUUAGGAGUCGUUCGGCCAUGUUUACGGAGGUCUUUUUAAUCACUGCCUUAUUCUUCUCUCCAUGUUGUGAUUUUUCGAAUCAUUCCGGCAGCUUUGUGAAUAUUGAGACUUUUAUUUUGGCGGCCUGCUGCGUUGUGGCCGAUUGAAUCCAUAUCGUCAUGUAACCCGGGGCAUUGUGGGCCGGCAGCGUCGCACUCAUCAAGCCGGAUCUGGUCUGGCAGUAGGAUCCGGGAUUGGGGUCCUGUUGUGGGAUCCAGUUGUGGAUCUGGCGGUGGGAUCCAGUGGUGGACCUGGAUCUGUUCGUGGGAUCCAGUAGUGGGUCUGGAUCCGGUCGUGGGAUCCAGCGGUGGCUCUGGAUCUGAGCUUGAUGGCUCUUCGCUGCAGACCUUUCCUUCCUGGAGCUGGUUCGGUUCCAGGCUCAUGUGUUUACAUCUCAUCUCGUCUCCUGCUGCAGGACGAUCGUUUCUCGGUUUUUAGUUUUCUUCGGUCUCGUGUGGACGGGCUGAGCCGUCUGUCCCGUAUGCAUUCAGCCCUCACUGAGGGACUCGGGUUCGAUGCCGCCAGUGCCGCUGGACCUUUUUAAAACCACCACACUGGAGCGCCGGUCAUGUGACGGCGGAGAGCGGCAGACUGAUGCUCUGCGACUCAGUUCAUGCAGCAGCAUUAAAGCUAACGCUUCUUCUACACUUCCUGUCAUUUUAACAACAUAUUAACUGAUUUUAAGUCUUUCUCUGGAUGAUUUUAGCUGCUUUACAUUUUGACAUGGCUCUGUUCGAGCUUCAGCCUGCAGGAGGAUCAUCUCUUCAACCUUUCUUUACUUGAAAUGGAUCAAUCUGAAACCAGAUCAAACCUUUCAGUUUCCAGAGCUCUGCUCUCACAUGAUUUCAUCCAGAUUGCAUUAGCCUUCCCAUGUUUGAGAUAUUUCCCUAAAAUCUGUAGAUUGGUGGUUCGUAGUGUUUUGAAGGAUCUACAAACUGAAUGUUGUGGAGGAAAAUCUCAGCCUGUUGAAAACCCUGAAUGUCAUGAGGUGAGAACAGGUGGAGUUCCUGGAGGCGUUCAGCGCCGUCGGCUCCACCUUCCUCCUCUCAGCAGUCUGGAAGCUUUGAAAACGCCGCAGUAAUCUGAGUACUGAAGGAAAUGUUUAACCCUCCAUAUUAAACACUUAAAAAAGCAUAACGGCCUGGCCUUUGAAUUUCAGUUCAGCGCUUGACUAAACUUCACUUCCGUCUUUCACCUUUAAACAGAGAUUCUCCAGCUUGACGGGGCGCUGCUAAUUUUUAAUGGUUUUGAUCCGGAGAAGUAAAGUACAGCUUAAAGCGGCAGCUGAAACAUGAGGAGCUCACAUAUCGGACGGCGGGAAUCGGGCUGAGAGUCUCUGUUUAAAAUAACUUCAUUCAGCAUGUCGUCCAGUGCCGGCUGAGUCGUCGGAGGACGGGACGAGCCGCCGUAGCUCCGGGUGGAGCGGCGUGCGUGCGGUGGCGUUGAGGAAUCGAACGUGUUGACGCUCCGGCCCGAGAGAGUCAGACGGAGAACUCCACCCAACGGCCCUCUGCUCAUUAUUUUUUCAACAAUAAAAGAUUAAACUGG